GUGUGAGGUUAACCUCUAGCCAAUAGAAAAGCACAUUUUUAGGCAUGUGACAAUUUCAGCCAAUAAAAAUACAGAGUUUUUAGUAAGCAUCUAUUUAUAGAUUCUGCAAUUUCAUUGAAGGUAGUGUUAAAGUGAAUUCCAAAGCGGUCGGACGUUAAGCAUUUUACUCUAACAUUUUCGUGAUUUACCCAAGUGAAAGUUCAAAUAUUGUUGACGCUAAGAUGACACUACCAGAGACAAUGGAUAAAGAAAAUGUAUCAGAAUCAAGGUAAGGGCUUAUUUGGAUUUUAAUACUUAAAUAAUUAUUUAAUUCAUAAAUACCAGAUGGAGAAGCGAAGUUUAAUUUCGGUUACCUAGUGAUAUCCCAAGCUGGUAUACGUAGGCUGUACGGCGUAUUUCGUCAGAUUGGGGGUCGCUCGUAAAAGUACAUGUUACAUGUAUGUCAUAGGGUCAUGGUGUUCCGUCUUUAAAAGCAAAGUGUAUUAUUAUGGAGUAUAUUUGGCUUGACUGUUGAUUGUUUAUUUGUAUAAAGUGCGUCACCUUGAUUAUUUUAUCGAAAUUCGUUUUAAGAAUAGCCUCGAAACAUCCCCCAGCCCCACUUCACCCUUUCAGUGUCUCAUCAUGCGCUUGCUAUUUCACAAUAAACACAGGCCCUACUCUGCCUCUGCUUACCACUAGUAGUGGCACUACUAAUCAUAAGAAUCGAAACUAGAGGCACAGGGCUGCUUUACUUGCGUUUACAUAAUAUGAUCAGUCAAUGACACUACAUUUCAUGACAUUUGCCAAAUUAUUUGCAACUCAGAUUUUUCAGUUAGGCCUAACAACAACGAAUAAAAUACAAAAUAAUUUGCUCAAAUUCUUUCUUCUUAAUCUUAAAUUCAGAAGUUGGAAUCUUAUUUAUAUAAUAUGACGUUAAUUUUUUUUUUUUUCAGAAGGCUCAAACUCAAAGCUAUGAGCCAUACCUUGAGAGCAUGUUUGAAGCAAGCCUUGAGGAGAAAUGGACUUACCUGUGGCAUGAAAGCAUGUGGAGAAUUACUUAACAGGUUUGUUAAUGUUAUAUAAUUGUGAUAUAAUUAUUGUAAUAACAUGUACAGCUGUUUGUAUGCUUCUGCAUAUGUAGUUGUUUAAAAGCUACCAGUACUUACCUAGUGUAAGCAUAGUUGUUUGCAAGUGUAUAAAAGAUGUGUAUAUUUUGCAGGUUAGUUGUUUAAAAAAAAAAUUGGAAUGGCUGAUGGCAGGCAGUAUGUCGAGAACGAAAGUGGACUGGGAUUAUUAUUUUUUUACAUUUGGAUUCACCCUUUAAAAUCCCGAACUGAAGAAUUAAAAUUCUCAUACCACAUAGACUGUCUCAGGAAAAUGUGAAAUUUGUAAGUAUCAGCUAAACAGAUCUGAGAAACACAAGCAGAGGAUUGAUAGUCAAGUCAAAUGGAGUUGCAUAGGUUUUUAAUGCUGAAACACUCGUGACCAUUACCAGGUCCAGAAAAUGGCAGAUAUAAACCUUCUGAUUUAAAGUCAUGUAGUAAUGAGUCAGCAUAAAGAGUGAUAGAAUUUAUACACUUUGUAGGUCUUAGUUCUGUGCUUCCAAGCGUCAAGGGAUAGCACUGGGUAAUGUUUUCUGUGAUGUAAAAUAGUUUUGAAUUGCUUUAACUUUGCUGAAAUAGUUAUUUAUAAUUUUGAUUUCUUUUCUUACAGCAACCCCAGCACAGUGAUGGUUUGCCUGUUGCCAGGCGACUGUCAGGAUAUAAGUGUGCACAUUCAUCAAACACUGAUUCAUGCUUUCUGUAGGGAGAACAACAUCUUGGUCAUCCAGAUGAAAGAUGACACAAAACUGGCUGCUCUCCUUUACAAGCUUUCCGAAGGAAACAGUGUUCGCAAAGGCAGGGUCAACGGCAAGAUGGAUGACACAAGCUGCUUGUUGAUGCAGGUAAUUUAAUUUUACAAAAAAAUAAUAAGAUGACCAUUUAACUAAGAACUAGCGUGAGGUUAAUUGAGUAGAGAACAUUAAUUGGCUGCUCACAAGCCAUGUUGUUUGUUUGUCACUUGAAACCUAAAUACCCAGAGGCACAGGCCAUAGAUGAUAUUUAGUAAUGUGGCCAGCCACUAAUCAAGGUCAACAGCAUUGACCCAAAGAUUAUAAACCAGUUUUUAAUUGACAAAAUUUUAAGUUUAAAGCAAUAUUUCUAAUAUGACUGUGAUAUUAUACCGCUGCCCUUAGUAUGUGAUGUAUUUCUUUAAAAUUUAACAUCACAACUAAAUGCACACACAACAUCUAGAUCCAAUUGUAUUUUAGGUUAAAUUUAUCUGUUGUACCGAGUACUGCUAGAUAUAACAUUUUAAUUGUGCAUUAUUAUUUUUUUUUUACAGUUCCCUAAAAGGGGCCCAAGCAAAGACGACCAGUUGCUGUUCCAGUAUUUUGAAGAGCUAUCAAAGCAGUGCUAUCCAAUGCCUCAUUUAUCUUUACCUGAUUGACUAUAAUUUUAUGGUUUCUACAUGAACCCUAAAAAAAAAAAAAGGUGAGAGCUAGUAAUGGAUUACCAAAAUAUUAUAGUAGAGAUGCUGGAUUUUAGUUUAUUUCUUUUAAAAUUUCAAAUACAGUUUCAGGUUUAUUUAUUUUUUAAAACUAACAUGAUGGAAUUGUAAUGUCUCUAUUUAUGAAUUAAAUUUAAAUGUAGUAUAUCUUUUCUUCUGCAGACUGACAUUGUCAGCAGUGUAUAUGGAUUUACAUACACUCUGUACAAAUCUCACACCAUUUCAUCCAUUUGAAGGCGUGAUGUUGAAUUCUGUAGAAUUCUGUAUAUGACCUUCGUCCACCUGAACAGUGAAGCUCUCCUUAAGGGCAAUUGUGUUUCUGUAAACACCCAUUGUAAGGGAAAUGGGCACAGUGGGCCAUCAUUCAUGAUCUUUUUUUAAAGAUUGUGAAGUUUCAAAAAGUUUUAACUUAAGUUCUGAUUGUGUUAUUAUAACAGCAUGAGUAUUAUUAUAUGAAAAAAAAAAAUCAUAAAUUCAGAUGGAUCAUUUACCUUUUUGGAUGUACUCAGUCUUUAUAAGCUCAUAGAAUGCUGUUAAUCAAAGCUAGUUACUGUACCCGGUAUAAUCAGAGAUUUGAUCUUUUAGAGCUAGGUUGUGUUCAUGAAAUCAACCCAAAUGUCAAUACUGAAGUUAUCACUGUACUGGAAUAUCAUCUUAUAUGGUCCUGUCAUUUUUACUAAGAAGCAACAUGUGGUUAGCAUUAUAAUUAUAGUACUAGUAAAUUCUAUUGGAUUUCAUGAGGUCUUGUCAUGCUUUGUAACUAACAGUACUAUCACUACAAUAAAUUGUGAGUUGAUUCAAUUUUAUUUUAAUAAUUUAAAUGUAUUGCAUGUAAAUAGUGUAUUAUUUUGUAAAUAAGAUAUAUGCUUGCUUAUUCUUGAUGUUAUACUGUUGCCCUGUUAUGUUAAUAAGUUUGCGCUUUGUUAAAGUAUAACUAUAACAUACCAGAUUAUUUAUUGUUUUAUGAGCUUAUAUAAUCAGUAUAAUAAAGUUUUCAAAUGAAAUUUUC